AUAACAUCGAUCUGGAAAUCCUACCCUCUGCGAUGGAUAUAGGAAAUGCGGAUGGUUUGUGUGGAUAUUUUGAUGGUUAUAUGGAGAACGACUUCAGAAGGCGAGACAGUUCUAUUAUAGAUGACAUCAGUUUGACCUAUCCUAACGCUUUCUCUGAGUCGUGGAAGAUAAGGGACAGCGAAAAUCUCUUCAGUGGCGACAGUUUAGUUUACAAUAGUCUGCAGUCUAUAUCGACCAUCCUAGUUCCUCGCUGCACGUGCACUGCAAACGGAACAACUGAAUGCGCCUACAAUACAUUUACUCCCUGCAACUCAAAUCGAGGUCGACAGUAUAAUUGUAACGUCCAACUUGUACAAAACAGAAGACGAAAACGUGAUGUGCCCAGUGUGAUCAACAAUAGAGAGCCUUUGAUUAGAAAGAAACGCACUAUAUCCUAUGUAAGAAAUCAAACCUACUCUGAAUCAGUUUGUCAACAGGCUUUUGAAAAUUCAGCGGAAUACAAAACAUGUAAACAAUACGUUACCGACCUAAGUAACGUAACAUUGUCAAACUGCAUCGAAGAUAUAAAGAUGACAGGCGAUGAAAACCUAACCCAGAUUCAUGUUGAAGCAGCUCUACAGCAAUGUUCGACUUUUGUGUUUUUAAAUGCCACACUGCAAGAGUCGGAACCGGAAGUGACCUAUACAAUACAAAACCUGUGCCCAAGCAACUGUUCAGGACAUGGAAUAUGUGACGGAGCACCCCUCCCCCCUCUUCCCGAAAUUGAUACAGGAUAA